CUUGCGCAGUGGUGUGUGCGUGAGCGGCGGCGCUUGAACCUGGAAGCUUUAUUGGCAGGGAAGGUGGCGGCAGAAGCAGCAGUAGCAGCGUUGCUAUGGCUGAACUAGUCCAGGCCUCACAGUCUCGCUGUAGCUUACAGGCUCCGGCUGCCGCACAGACUGGCGCUGCUGCAGGGACGGGCGGAGGGAGCGGCUCCAGUGACCCAGCCAGACCCGGCCUGAGCCAGCAGCAAAGAGCGAGCCAGAGAAAGGCGCAAGUACGGGCCCUGCCUCGGGCCAAGAAGCUGGAAAAGCUCGGGGUAUUCUCCGCAUGUAAGGCCAAUGACUUGUGUAAGUGCAACGGAUGGAAGAACCCCAACCCACAGACGGCACCAAGAAUGGAUCUACAACAGCCCGCAGCCAAUCUCACAGAACCAUGUCGCAGCUGCGCCCACGCCUUAGCCGACCACGUGUCUCACCUGGAGAAUGUUUCUGAAGAGGAAAUCAACCGGCUGCUGGGGAUGGUGGUCGAUGUCGAAAACCUCUUCAUGUCCGUUCACAAAGAGGAAGACACGGACACCAAGCAAGUUUACUUUUACUUGUUUAAGCUGCUGAGAAAGUGUAUCCUUCAGAUGAUCCGACCAGUGGUAGAGGGAUCUUUGGGAAGCCCACCGUUUGAGAAGCCAAAUAUAGAACAGGGCGUCCUGAAUUUUGUCCAGUACAAGUUCAGCCACUUGCAGCCCAAGGAACGUCAGACAAUGUACGAGCUCUCCAAAAUGUUCCUCCUCUGCUUAAACUAUUGGAAGCUUGAAACCCCUUCGCAGUUCCGCCAGAGAUCUCAGAAUGAAGACGUAGCAACGUACAAGGUUAAUUAUACCAGGUGGCUCUGUUACUGUCACGUACCACAGAGCUGCGACAGUCUGCCCCGCUAUGAGACUACACACGUGUUUGGGAGGAGUCUGCUUCGUUCUAUCUUCACCGUUACUCGCCGACAACUGCUGGAGAAGUUCAGGGUAGAGAAGGACAAGCUUGUUCCUGAAAAGCGGACUCUGAUCCUUACACACUUCCCAAAGUUCCUCUCCAUGCUGGAAGAAGAAAUCUAUGGCGAAAACUCUCCCAUAUGGGAGGCAGAUUUUACUGUUCCCACCACAGAAGGUCCCCAACUAGUGUCUCGCCCAGCUGCCGUGAACACCACUUCUGUCCCCUCCACCCCUCUCUUCAACAACAACCUAAACAAUAGUUCUUCCCUGACGUCCACUGGGGACUCCAGCAGUUCAGAACCAAUGGCAGGUGAGAAAAGAAAACUGUCUGAUAGCCUGACCUUAGAAGAUGCCAAAAGAAUACGAGUGAUGGGCGACAUCCCUAUGGAGCUUGUGAAUGAGGUCAUGCUCACCAUUACAGAUCCCGCCGCCAUGCUGGGUCCUGAUACCAGUUUGCUGUCGGCUAAUGCAGCCCGGGAUGAGACGGCUCGCUUGGAAGAAAGAAGGGGGAUUAUAGAAUUUCAUGUCAUUGGAAACUCUCUGUCUCAGAAGUCAAACAAGAAGAUCCUUAUGUGGCUUGUGGGUCUGCAAAAUGUAUUUUCUCAUCAGCUUCCUCGGAUGCCGAAGGAGUACAUAACCCGGCUUGUGUUUGACUCAAAACACAAAACCCUGGCUCUUAUUAAAGAUGGCCGUGUAAUUGGGGGCAUCUGCUUCCGAAUGUUCCCCACUCAAGGCUUCACUGAGAUUGUGUUCUGCGCUGUGACUUCCAAUGAACAAGUGAAGGGUUAUGGCACUCACCUAAUGAACCAUUUGAAGGAAUACCACAUUAAGCACAACAUUCUUUACUUCUUGACGUACGCAGAUGAAUAUGCCAUUGGUUAUUUUAAGAAACAGGGAUUUUCCAAGGACAUCAAAGUUCCAAAAAGUCGCUACUUGGGGUACAUCAAGGAUUACGAGGGAGCCACUUUAAUGGAGUGUGAGCUGAACCCCAGGAUACCUUAUACAGAACUCUCCCACAUAAUAAAAAAGCAAAAGGAGAUCAUUAAGAAGCUGAUAGAACGCAGACAAGCUCAGAUCCGCAAGGUUUAUCCUGGACUCACGUGUUUUAAAGAAGGACUGCGCCAGAUCCCAGUAGAGUGUAUUCCUGGAAUACGAGAGACUGGCUGGAAACCGGCAUGUAAAGAGAAAGGGAAAGAGAUCAAAGACCCAGACCAGUUGUAUAACAUCCUAAAGAACCUUCUAGCACAAAUCAAGACUCACCCUAGUGCUUGGCCAUUCAUGGAGCCUGUGAAAAAAUCGGAGGCGCCGGAUUACUACGAGGUGAUCCGAUUUCCAAUAGAUUUGAAAACCAUGACGGAGAGGCUGAAGAACAGAUAUUACGUAACGAAGAAGAUCUUCAUCGCUGAUCUGCAGAGGAUCAUUACCAAUUGCCGAGAGUAUAACCCGGCAGACAGCGAUUACUGCAAAUGUGCCAACACGCUGGAGAAAUUCUUCUACUUCAAGCUCAAAGAAGCGGGGCUCAUAGACAAAUGACUGUGGCUCUUUUGUUGGCUGGAAACCCCAUCAAUGUUGGAAGAUUCGUGGCAGUAUUUCAUUGACAGCAUUAGACUCAGCUCCGAGGAGAUACUUUUCAUACUGUGCCAUGCAGCGUAUAGGAAGGGUCGUCCUUCUCGGGGACCAAUGAGAAGUGCCCAAUGAGGAAGGGGGGGAAUGGCCUUUAUUUUGAUUGGGUUGUUGCCUGCCAGAAUGACUAGCUGACGAAAGAUCAUGUGUUUACAUUUAUUCCACCUACCAAACUUAUAUACGUGGACAGCUCUCGUCUACAUGUUUACUGGAUUGAAGAGUAACUUUUUGUCAGUAUAGAUGUUGUUUGGUAAGCAACCAUGAGAUCCAGUGAUUACAGUGUCCAUGCCUUAGAAAGGGCCGGCAUUUGGGGUCGGCAAGCUGCCCUCUGCACAGGCUGGCUGCUGUGUUUUUGUGCGCAGCCCAGUUUUAAGUAUGCCUUUAUCUGUUGCUCUUCGCUUAAAGGGAUACUGUCACGGGUAUCAAAACGCAUCAGUUAAUAGAGCUGCUCCAGCAGAGUUCUGCACUGAAAUCCAUUUCUCAAAAGAGCAAACAGAUUUUUUUAUAUUCAAUUUUGAAAUCU